GUCGAGUGUGUUGCUUUUAAUCAAUGCGCCAUUCCCAUUUCCCCAAAGUUCUUCUGAUUUUGAUUUUAAAAAAACUUCUUUUGAUUUUGAUUAUCGCCAACAACAAUGGUGGUGGCUAAGGAGAAGAUGUUGUCGUACGAGGAAUGCCGUCGAAAACGAGUGGAAGAAAACAAGAAAAGAAUGGAAGCUCUCAAUCUUCCUCAGCUCUCUCAAGCUCUUCGUACCCCAUCUUUCAAGCCCUCUCCGUCUCCGAGAAAAUCCUCAAAGCAUCGGACAGGCGAAAAACAACUGGUGGUGGUUAGGAGAUCGGGUCGUGUUGCCAACAAACCCGCCCCGGUUUAUAAAGAAAUUCUUGUGGACAAAGUGAUGAUACCUAGAAGGGUAUCUAAGCACAGGGAUUUGUCGAAUCGGGUGUAUGCUUCAGAUGAAGCUAGAGCAGAAGCUUUGGAGAAAGCAGAAAAAUUGGAAUCUGAUUUAGGCCCUGAUUUCCCUGUCUUCAUCAAGUCCAUGCUUCAAUCACAUGUUACUGGUGGAUUUUGGCUGGGCCUUCCAGCGCACUUCUGCAAGACAUAUCUUCCAAAGCGUGACGAGGUUAUGACUUUAAUUGACGAAGAAGGCCAUGAGCAUCCAACUGUAUAUUUGGCUAGAAAAGCAGGACUUAGCGGUGGAUGGAAAGGAUUUGCAGUUGCUCACAAGUUGGUCGAUGGGGACGCAGUGGUUUUUCAGUUAGUUCGACAUACAGCAUUUAAGGUUUACAUUAUAAGGGUGAACGGUUCCGAACAAAGUAACUAGCUAUUAGCUUCGAACAAUUCGGAUUGCUGAGCCAUAACAGCAGUAUCGUUCAGGUAAUC